UGGAUAAUUAUGCCACCUUUUUGACAUCAUGUCUGAACGCCAUGACCGACGUCGUCUAUCUAGACAAGCUCAACAAUGUGGAUACCCUCCGGGAGGUAAUUGCUAAGCUUCCAAAUGACAUGCAGAAGCGGUGGCGCAAGGAGUCGUAUGUCAUCCGCACAACAAAGAAUCGUUUGGUCAAAUUUAAGGAUGUCUUCAGGUUCAUCCAAGAAGAGGCCGAGGUAUUAGGUGAUCCAGUUUUUGGAAUUGUCAACCACAGCCAUCACACAAACGAUCGUGACAAGAAAAGUUACAGUAUGGCGACAACAGUCAUGCCGCAAAUAGCCGCCAAUUCUUCACCGGCUUCGAACUCCAAUGGUGCAUGUUUCUUUUGUCAAGGGUCAAAUCACAUCAUUGACUCAUGUUUUCAAUACGAAAAACUUUCGCUCCCUGAGAGGCGGGAUUUCGUCCAAGAGCAUUCCCUUUGCUAUGGUUGCCUUAGACCAGGUCACCAAUCGAGAUUUUGUACUGGAAAACUGAAAUGCAAAAUAUGUUCUAAGUUGCACCCCACUAUGCUCCACAGUCCCAGUUUGGGAACUUUGACCAACUCCCCAGUUUUGAAGUCUAGCCCAAUAUCUAUCGGUGAACGCGUUGAUGGCUAUAGGGACAUCUGCCUGGCUAUCGUUCCCGUGAAAGUCCGAAUUAGAGGGCAAAUUGAUUUCAUUUCUACUUACGCGGCUCAAGACCCGUACUCUACAGCAACGUUCAUGACAGAAGCAUUGGCAAACGAGCUCAACGCCAGAGGUGUCAAGACUAAAAUUAUGCUAACCACAAUGGAUCGUUCGAACAGAGAAUUGGACACGAAAAUCGUUGUAAACGUCGAAGUUUGUGAUAUGGAAGAAGAAAAUCUAUUGCACCUACCACCAACGUACACAAGGCCUUCCCUGCCCAUGACAAAACAAGACAUCCCAUCUCAAAACGAUAUCGACAAAUGGGACCACCUCAGGAGCUUGCCAUUCAGAAGAUUGCCUGCAGAGGUGGGGUUGAUGAUAGGGAUCAACGCUCCCGAAGCACUCAAGCCUCUCGAGGUCAUUGGGGGCAAAGCAGGGGACCCGUAUGCACUGCGGACAUCCCUUGGAUGGUCUGUUAAUGGACCGAUGCAUUUCAAGAUUGCCGGCUCCAUUCUUAACAACUGUGUUCAAGUCACCCAGAGCACGGAGAACGUUAUUGCUCGAAUUUACAACAGAGAUUUCGAUGAUAAAUCACCAGAAGCCCCAGGAACAUCAAUAGAGGAUGGAUUAUUCAUGAAGAACGUCGAGAAGAGCAUUUGUUUCAAGGAUGGUCACUACACGUUGGAUCUUCCAUUUCGCGACACUCCCGUGAACUUGGCCCCAAAUAAGUCUCAAGCAAUCACGAGAGCAGAAUCAUUAAAAAGGAGAUUUUUGAAAGACCCGCAGUACCACGAAGAAUACAACAAAAGAAUGGAGGAGCUGUUGGUCAAACAAUAUGCGUCAAAGAUCGACCCAAGAGACACCCAAAUUCAAGGAGAGUGGUACUUGCCCCAUCACGGGGUACGCCAUCCUCAAAAACAAAAGCUUCGCGUAGUUUUUGAUUGUUCCGCUAAACAUCAUGGGAAGUCGUUGAAUUCCGAACUGUUACAAGGCCCCGACCUUACAAGUUCCCUCGUCGGAGUGUUGAUCCGUUUUAGGGAAAAGAACUAUGCAUUCACUGCCGAUAUCGAGGGAAUGUUUUAUCAGGUACGAGUCCCCAAAAAGGAUACUGGUUACUUGAGAUUCUUGUGGUGGCCCAACGGCGAAAUUGGAAGGCCCUUGGAAUCCUAUCAUUUAAACGUCCAUGUUUUCGGCGCAACAUCAUCGCCUAGUUGCUCAAAUUACGCCCUUAGGAAAGCUGGAGAAGACGCCAGGAUUAAAUAUGGUCCCGAAAUUCCUAAUACCAUCGCAAACAAUUUUUACGUGGAUGAUUGUUUGAAGUCCUUAGACACUCCCGAGGAAGCCAUUGAGUUAAUCAAGACUCUGCAAGCCGCUCUUCUCGAACGCGGAUUUCGCCUAACCAAGUUUACUUCCAACUCAAGAGCCAUACUCAAGUCUGUGGAUCCCGAAGACAUGGCGUCUGAAUUCAAGAAACUCAACCCUGACACUGAUCUAAUGCCCCUCGAGAGGGCCUUAGGGGUUAAUUGGUGUACCGAGACCGACACCUUACGUAUGCAAGUGACAAUUGCCAAUAAGGAGCCCACCAGGAGGAAUAUUCUGUCCACCGUCGCUUCUAUGUUCGACCCACUUGGGCUUAUUGGUCCAGUAAUCCUAAUCACGAGGAUUAUUCUCCAAGAGUUGGCCCGAUCGAAAAUUGAUUGGGAUUCAUCUAUCCCGGAGAAUCUGGCUCGACGAUGGAGGGAUUGGCUAAGUAGCACCGAUGCGUUGGAACGGUUUCAAGUGGAUAGACGUCUCAAGCCCGAAGAUUUCGGUCAGAUCGUCGAAUGUCAACUCCACCAUUUCUCAGAUGCCAGUCAAGUCGGGUACGGUACCGUUUGUUACCUAAGAAUGGUCAAUGAAGAAGGAGGAAUCCAUUGUUCAAUUGUCAUGGCUAAAUCUCGAGUGGCUCCACUUAAACAGAUCACAAUUCCGCGAAUGGAGCUUCAAGCCGCUGUGAAAGCCAUCGAAAUGGACGAGAAAAUUCGUGCCGAAAUGACUUUACAACUCAAACCUUCCGAGUUCUGGACGGACAGCGAGACUGUCUUAAAAUACAUUCAAAACGACCAACGCCGUUUCAGAAUGUUCGUUUCGAAUCGAGUGAAUAGAAUACGCGAAGCAACCUCCACUUCACAAUGGCACUACAUCAAUACCAAAGAUAAUCCCGCUGAUAUCGCAUCCCGCGGGCAGUCUUCCAAAGAUUUCGUCCAAAAUAGGCUGUGGAUUCAUGGACCUCAGGUCUUGUGGAAAGCUCACUCGAAUUGGCCGGAAUACCACAGUUCCCAGGACUUCACUAGCGAUCCAGAACUAAGGAAAGAUAUUUCAACCAACCUAGUUCUUCAAGUCAAAGAUAGCCCUAUUCAGAAGUUGAUCGGACAUUAUUCUUCUUGGACAAGAUUGACCAAGGCAGUUGCUUGGAUUAUUCAAUUGAAAAGAAAGAUUCUGGCAAAGACUGGCCUCAGAAAUGAAGACGCUGAAGCGGGGGAAACCUUUCCCCAAUACCUUACCCCAAGUGAGAUGCGCCAAGCACAGGAAGAAAUCGUCAGAUUUGCCCAACAAGAGCUUUUGGAAGACGGCAAAAUAUUGGCGGAGUACAAUUCAAACCUUCACCCAUUCGUUGAGGACGGUUUGAUUUGCGUCGGAGGACGACUUCGCAGAUCAUUGCUCCCACACUCUCUGAAGCAUCCUGCGCUAAUACCGAAGAGGUCCCGAAUUGGAGAGUUGAUCAUCAAGCAUUUCCACGAGAAGGGUCUCCACCUUGGUCGAGAAUAUACAUUAGCCAAAGUAAGGGAACAAUUCUGGGUAGUGAGUGGCAACAGCGUUGCCCGAAAGGUCGUAAAGGAUUGUCUAAUGUGCAGGAAACGAGAAGCAAGACCUGAAACCCAAUUGAUGUCGGAUUUACCCAGCAAUAGAAUCACUCCAGAAAAACCCCCAUUCACAUAUACUGGCGUCGAUUACUUCGGACCCUUUAUGGUGAAGCAAGGGCGAGCGAGGGUGAAACGAUAUGGGGUAAUAUUCACUUGCCUCAACAGCCGCGCCACUCAUCUUGAGGUUGCGCACAGCCUCGACACGGACUCGUGCAUUAACGCAAUUAAGAGAUUUACUUCACGCCGUGGAUCGAUUCAGGAGCUACGAUCGGACAACGGCCGCAAUUUCAUGGGAGCAGAGAAAGAAUUGCGAAGUGCCCUUUCCGCCUGGAAUCGGGAGAAAAUCCAAGGAGCCGCCCUGAAUCUGGGGAUCAAGUGGAUCUUUAACACUCCAUAUGCCUCGAACCAUGGAGGCGUCUGGGAACGACAGAUCGGUACAGUGAGGAAGGUUUUAUUUGGACUUGUUCAAGAGCAGAUGCUGCAUGACGAAUCACUGACGACACUAUUCUGCGAGGCCGAAACCGCUGUGAACAGCCGGCCUCUAACGACUCUGAGCACGGAUCCAAACGACUUGCACCCACUCACACCCAAUGCCCUCCUCACUAUGCGCCCGGAUGUUCAAUUGCCUUGUGUAGUUUUGCAAGAAGGUCAUGGAUUUCCUAAGCGACGCUGGAUCCAAGUUCAGUACAUGGCAAAUGAAUUCUGGAGAAGAUGGACUGGGGAGUACCUCCUCAAAUUACAAUCCAGACAAAAAUGGACGAAAGUUCGCUGCAACCUCAAAGUGGGAGACAUCGUUCUCGUUUUAGAUCCAAACUUACCCCGCAACGAAUGGCUGCUGGGUCGAGUAGAAACAGAGCUUCCGGACGAAACUGGAUUGGUCCGUCGAGUAAAGAUCCGCACAAAGAACACAAUCAUGACACGUCCUAUUAACAAAGUGUGUCUAAUAGCCGAAGCUUAGGGCAUCAUUUUAAACCACCGCAGUGGGUUUAAGAGGGGUGGUGUGUAGAAGCAGAUUUCAAUUUCCCGGGCCACCUCCAUUGAGCGCCCCCUAUGUUUGCCCUCAGGAACUAUAACCGGAAGUCUUACAGUAAAAAAAAUGUGCUUCAUGGAAGACCACAACAAAAUGUAAGUGUCAAUAUUCAGCCCAAUUCAAUAUAUAGAUUUCGAUAUUACUAACCCAUGUACAUUGCCCAUAGUUGAAACCGCGAAAUACAGAAGAACAGUUUA